UUGUUAAUCAAAGUAAAGCCCAACGAGUAGGUACUUCACUAUUGUCAAGUUAACUUAAGCGUAAACCCGUUUGUGUUUCCAAUUUGGAGCCGAUCGUGAUGCGUCGGCGGUGUCCGGAAUUGUGUUGAUUUUCAUAUCAGACGCAGAUCCAAACACUUCGACUCAGAGUUAAUACAAAUCGCAAAAUAUCCAGACACAUUUUGAGAAACGUUUAUUUCAUUUCAUCGCUUUAAAAAUGGAAUUAUGGUUUGUUUUGAUGGCAGUUUUAUCCUUUGGCGCAUCAUACAUGCCUGGAGCUGCAUCCGGAGGUAUAAACUAUGCCAUUGCAGGUGGUUAUGGUAGAGACGACAAUUAUAAUGCUACCUUUGGAAGAAAAUAUUUUAAACCCAAUAAUGCUUAUUCCUAUACCAGUCAUAGUGGAGAUUAUAGUGGAGCUCAAAGAAGAGCUAAUGUUGGAAGUUAUUUGGACCUUACCGGAGGUCAAAAUGGAGGUUAUGUUGGUCCCAGUGGAGCUCAAAGAAGGGCUAAUAUUGGAAGUUAUUAUGAUCUUACCGGAAGUCAUGGUGGAGGUUAUGCUGGCUCCAACGGGGCUCAAAGAAGAGCUAAUAUUGGAAGUUAUUAUGAUCUCACCGGAAGUCAUGGUGGAGGUUAUGCUGGUUCCAACGGGGCUCAAAGGAGAGCUAAUGUUGGAAGUUUGUUGGAUCUCACCGGAGGCCUUGGUGGCGGUUAUGUUGGUCCCGGCGGAGUUCAAAGAAGAAAUGUUGGUACCAGUGGAACUCAUGGAGGAAGUGAUGUUGAUUCCACCGGAAGUCAUAGUGCAGGUUAUGAUGGUUCCAGCGGAGCUCAAAGAAGAGCUAAUGUUGGAAGUUUUUUGGAUCUCACCGGAGGUCUUGGUGGAGGUUAUGUUGCUCCCAGCGGAGCUCAAAGAAGAAAUGUUGAUACCAGCGGAAAUCAGAGAAGAGGUGAUGUUGAUUCCACCGGAGGUCAUAGUGCUGGUUAUGAUGGUUCCAGUGGAGAUCAAAGUGCAGGUAAUGAAGGUUCCAACGCACCACAAAGAAGAGCUAAUGAUGGUGUGCCUGAUGAUGGUUUCGGUGGCGACCAUCUUAGAAAAGUCGCCGAUGCAACCGAAAAUGUUCUUUCACAGUAUAAAAAUUAUUAUAAUAAUUUCUGGAAUUUACAUGAUGAUAUCGGCAGGCGCAUAACUUCUUACGCUUUCACUACUGGUGAUGGUCAAAAUAUUAAAGCACAAGCUUCUUUGACAUAUGACACUCCUGAAAGCAUUCAGGAAGUUCAUAAGAAAAUACUAGAAGACAACGCAAAAAUGGCGAAAUUCAUAAGAGGUGAAACUGAUAAAAACGCAGAAACAAGCAGAAAAAUAGGAGCAGGCUUUGCUGCAGCUUCAUUUGGCAACAAAGGUUUAUUGCAGUCGGCAGUUGUAAAUCCGGCGAAUCCAUCUAUGCCAAACAGGCGUAAUGCCUUCCAGCCUGUCAAUUUGGCUCCUAGUGGUAAAACUAAUUUCAAAGGUUUCAUGACGGCCAGCAGCACUCAUACGCACAAUGUCAACGGAGUACCAAAAACUAAACAUGUUGCUGAAACUGUCGUCAAUAACAACGGAAAAGUUACCGUCCAACAUGUCGAAUCUCCAUAAAGUGUAUAACCUAAAAGAAUAAAAGUGUAGCUAAAAA